AUGAUGGGCUCUGUGCUCCCAGCUGAGGCCCUGGUGCUCAAAACAGGGCUGAAGGCUCCGGGGCUGGCGUUGGCAGAGGUCAUCACCUCCGACAUUCUGCACAGUUUCUUAUAUGGCCGAUGGCGCAAUGUGUUAGGCGAACAGCUGCUGGAGGACAAGAGCCACCACGCCAGCCCAAAGACCGCCUUCACCGCUGAAGUCCUGGCACAGUCCUUCUCAGGAGAGGUGCAGAAGCUGUCCAGCCUGGUGCUGCCGGUGGAAGUGAUCAUCGCUCAGAGUUCCAUCCCAGGCGAGGGCCUUGGCAUCUUCUCCAAGACGUGGAUCAAGGCAGGCACGGAGAUGGGGCCCUUCACCGGCCGUGUCAUUGCCCCGGAGCACGUGGAUCUCUGCAAGAACAACAAUCUGAUGUGGGAGGUAUUCAACGAGGAUGGCACAGUACGCUACUUCAUCGAUGCCAGCCAGGAAGACCACCGAAGCUGGAUGACCUACAUCAAGUGUGCCCGGAAUGAGCAGGAGCAGAACCUGGAGGUGGUCCAGAUUGGCACCAGCAUCUUCUAUAAGGCCAUCGAGAUGAUCCCUCCGGACCAGGAGCUGCUGGUGUGGUAUGGAAAUUCCCACAACACCUUCCUGGGCAUCCCUGGUGUGCCAGGCCUGGAAGAGGAGCAGAAGAAAAACAAGCAUGAGGACUUCCACCCGGCGGACUCCGCGACCGGCACCGCGGGCCGCAUGCGCUGCGUCAUCUGCCACCGAGGUUUCAACUCCCGCAGCAACCUGCGCUCGCACAUGCGCAUCCACACGCUGGACAAGCCCUUCGUGUGCCGCUUCUGCAACCGCCGCUUCAGCCAGUCGUCCACGCUGCGCAACCACGUGCGCCUGCACACGGGCGAGCGCCCCUAUAAGUGCCAGGUGUGCCAGAGCGCCUACUCGCAGCUGGCCGGCCUGCGCGCGCACCAGAAGAGCGCGCGCCACCGGCCGCCCAGCGCCGCGCUGCAGGCACACUCGCCCGCACUGCCCGCGCCCCAUGCGCACGCGCCCGCGCUCGCCGCCGCCGCCGCAGCAGCAGCCGCGGCGCACCACCUGCCGGCCAUGGUGCUGUGA